CAGUAGCAAACUGGGAAAAUUCUGCCUAUUAAUCAAUUGAAUUGGUAAAAUGAACAAAAAAACAGAAUACAAGCUAAGCGAGCGCGACUUAGACAUCCGCUCUGAUCUGGAGUUUGUAGAUAGUAUGCUGAAGGACCUGCAAUUGGAGGUGGAGCCGCAGGCUCGUGGUGUCAUCUUGGAUCUGGCUUACACUUUGGCAAGGGACAAGCUCGUCGAGGCUCAACGUUUCGCAAAGUUGGCCAACCGCACCAAUGUGAGUGUCGAGGACUUGGAGAUAGCCAACCUGGAGCGGACAGAGGAUCUGAGCAAGAGAGCGAUCCAUCAGCCGGUGAAGUCCCUGGUUCCCAGCCAGGCAUCUCUGCCCUCGCCGACUGUGAGCCGUGGACUGAUGCUGCCCACCUGGCGGCAGUGUCAGGUGGGUACAAUGGCCGAAUUGAAGGAAAAGGUCGCAGAGACUCAGCAACCGAAUCCCAUGCCCGUGCCGCCCCUAAAUCCGGUAACAACUACUACUACUGGUGCAGGCUUACACUCUGGCUCCAAUUCGAUGCUGGCUAUGGGUUCUUCAAGUGCGGUUCCUAAGAGGUCACAUUCACUUGCUACUCCCAUUGUCGCCAACGUGAAUCAUUUCGACAACUUUGCCUCGCCAACGAUUUUACCCGAAAAGUUUCGCAAGGGUGUCCGUGGUAGCGCAAUAAGAUGUCAUUCCACUUCUACAAUUAACAUCACUAGACCCUAUUGCUCGGCUGCUGAAGCUGCAGGAGGAAUUCCCUCGGCCACAAAGAAGCCACGCAAGCAACUAUGAAAUAAUCGAAAUCCUUAUUACAUUGGCAACUUUCAAUUUAUCGAGUAGUUUGUGAAUAUAUGUAAUGUAAAUU